UCUGUGGUUAAUUUAUAAAAAAUGGCUGAAAUGUUGUCUAACUGUCAAAAUCAGUGAAAUUCGUGUAAAACAGUGAAAUUUCUUUUAUUUUCGCAAUGACCUUUAAUUCUUUCAGUGAACUCUGUUGCCUGUUUUGUUGUCCGCCAUGCCCAGGGAAAAUCGCGGCUAAGCUUGCAUUCCUGCCCCCCGAACCCACGUAUUCAUUCACACCUGAUGAGACUGGAUCCAAAUUCUCGUUAACCCUUACGGAAAGAGCGGAAUGGCAGUAUUCGGAACGCGAAAAAGAAAGCAUCGAGGGCUUCUAUUCGAGAACGUCGAGAGGCAAUAGAAUAGCUUGCCUCUUUGUUCGUUGCAGCCCCAACGCUCGGUUCACGAUAUUGUUUUCUCACGGAAACGCUGUAGAUCUGGGACAGAUGAGUAGUUUUUAUUUAGGAUUAGGUACUAGGAUAAAUUGUAACAUAUUCAGCUAUGACUAUUCCGGCUAUGGUGCAAGUGGUGGAAAGCCGUCGGAGAAAAAUCUAUAUGCAGACAUCGAUGCUGCGUGGCAAGCUUUACGAACGCGAUAUGGUAUUAGCCCAGAGAACAUUAUAUUGUAUGGACAAAGCAUCGGCACAGUGCCUACAGUGGAUUUGGCAGCACGUUAUGAGGUUGGGGCAGUAGUGCUGCAUUCUCCUCUAAUGUCUGGCAUGCGUGUGGCCUUCCCCAACACUAAGAGGACGUGGUUCUUUGAUGCCUUUCCUAGCAUUGAUAAAAUUCCCAAAGUGACCUCUCCAGUUCUUGUAAUCCAUGGAACUGAAGAUGAGGUAAUAGACUUCUCCCACGGUCUCGCCAUAUAUGAGAGGUGCCCACGUGCAGUGGAACCGUUAUGGGUGGAGGGGGCAGGACAUAAUGAUGUGGAGCUUUUUAAUCAAUAUUUAGAAAGACUGAAACGUUUCGUUUCAGUAGAAUUGCUCAACUGACAAAGACUGCCGGCCACAGGCCAGACGACUCAAGGAGAAGAACAAAAUCCCGCGUCGACGCUGAGCUCCGGAACUUCGAGUUCGGCGACCGAGAGGCUCCUCUAGCUAGCGGGGGCCGGGCCCAGCAGGGCCGGCCCCGAAAAAAACUGCGUCAAUCUCGACGGCGCCGCCGGCC